CAGGAGAUGCGACUAGUGUAGGCGAGGCAGUGGGGUAUGAAUUGGCCUGGCCCAAAAAUCUUGUGUUGGUUAACGAUGAGGGAGCUUCAAAACAUCUGCCAAAACAAGCCAACAAGAGGGCUCCGGAGCAUGUUCAAGUGAGUGCCAAUGAGGCAACUUCAAAAAAUGUUGAUUCGGACAAGUAUUUGGAGUCUAUUCAGCUUUUUGCUUCAUAUGCUGCGAUUAUGGAGUAUGAAGAUACCAUGCUCAUUAUACUAGAGAAGGGCAUAUUUGGUGUCGAGCUUGAGUUUUCACUUACAAGAGAAGACAUGGAGUUCAUUUGUCAAUUUAAAGAAUUAUCUAUCUCAUGCAUAAUGUUGUAUAUCAAUUAUCUUCAUGUGGCUAUGAAGGAAACCUAUUUGGAUACUAGAUUUCUAUUCUUUAACCCCUCCAUCAUCAGUGGAAAAUUCAAGGCUGGGGAAGUCUCAAAAGCAACGAUGCUGUCAAAUAGACUACAGGAAGCCAAGGCUGGCCAACUAGUUUUUGUUCCUUACAAUUUGGAGUAACAUUGGAUGUUGGCUGUCAUUGACUUGUCUUCUGCUAUAAUAUAUUACUUUGACUCAAUUUAUAGUAAGAUCAAUGUUAACCUUCAACUCAUCAUAGAAACGUAAGUUAUUUGACUUCUUACAAUCUACUAAGAUUUUUGUUUCUUCGACUGAUUAUAAUAAGAAAAAAUUUCUUCAUGAAGUGCACUCAAAAUUUAUGAUUCCAGCAAAGGAAACAGAAGGAGAAAUCCUGGUUGGAAAGUCGUUAAGUGCUCGUAACAACCAACUGAGGUGGAAUGUGGAUUUUACUUGAUGAGGUUCAUGAAAGAUGUGAUAAAAGACCCAAGCAUCUUAAGCAAUCGGGAUUUUGGCGGGAAAAUGAUUUACACGAAGACCGAAAUUGAUGAAACACGUGUUGAAUGGAUAAACUGCGUCUUCAGCAGGUCGCAAUCAGCUCGUUCACGAUAGAUUUUGUUGGUGUUGCUGCAGUAUGGUGAUGUUUAUUG